AUGGUUAGCCAUAUGUUGGCGAUAUUAUUGUAUCCAUUUACAAAUAUGCUGUCAUUGUUUGGAAAAUCGUCAAAACUUUCAAUGUAUUUCAAUGGAGAUAAAAGUCUAGGCAUCAAUUAUCUAUACAUAUUAUCAUUAUUAUUAGUAUUAUCAUGGAUAAACUUUGGUGAAACAAGAAGAGGAGAAAAACCACAAAUUAUUGAAGAACCAAAAUCAGUAAUAACAGUUGUUGGACAAUCUGUCAUAUUUGUAUGUCUUGCCGAAGGUAAUCCAGCACCAAAAGUCCAAUGGAAGGUUUCAGGAACAUCUGUAUCAGAGUCUAGAUUUGGCAAAACAUUUCGAGCACCACGUGGUUCUAUUCUACGUGUUGACAAUGUAUUACCAUCAUACAAUGGUGCAGUGAUCACAUGUACAGCUACCAAUGCUUUGGGUCAAGCUGUAAGAAGUGCAACAUUAACAGUAUACUCUGAUGAAUCAAAAGCUCCAUCUGGUUAUCCACGAUUUCUCAAUUCAUUUUCUGUUAUUGUGGCAAGAAAAAAUUCUGAAGUUGAAUUGGAAUGUCGUGCAACUGGAGAUCCAAUACCUGAAAUCAUAUGGUUUAGAGAUAGUAUACCUAUUGAUUUGGCAAAUCCACGUUAUAAGAAAUUAGAUGUCGGCAAUCUACGUAUUCAAAACCUGGUUGAAGAAGAUGAAGGAAAAUAUGAGUGUGAAGCGAAAAAUGACAAAGGUACACGUCUAUCAUCUGGAGACAAUCUACUUGUUCGUGAAAACGUUGAAGCUAGUCUACAAAUGCUGGCACCAAGUACCAAAAGAUUUCGACCUCAUUUUACUAAUCUUCCUGCAUCAAGACAAAUUAUUCCACCAGGUGGUCAAUUAACUUUAACUUGUACUGCUGUUGGUGCACCAGUACCUAAUGUUCAAUGGUUUCGAGAUAAACAAAAUUUACCUGGAGAACAAUUAAAUAAACAACCACCUGGUACUGCAAAACUUGUUUUAACAAAUCUAUUAGAAUCAGUUAAUGUUACAUGUGUAGCUGAAUCAACAAUUGGACGUAUUUAUCAGGAUAUACAAGUUAUUGUAAAAAAUUUACCCAAUCCACCAGGUGAUUUUCAAUUAAUUGAAUUGGGUGCAACACAUGCUCGUAUCUCAUUAAAACCAAGCACUAGUCUACUGUCUUCUGUUCGAAACUAUUUAGUUCUAUGGUUACCAAGUACUCAGUUUACAAACCAAACUUUGUAUGAAUUGCCACAUCAAGUCAGUCUCUUGAUUAAUCAGCCUGGUGAUCAAAUUGAACCAAUAAUGUUGUCUAAUACAGAGGAUUCUCGACCGAAUCUAAUCAUGUUACCGAAAUAUUUAAAAAAUAUUAGUCUUUCAUCUAUGAAUAAUUAUCAUCUACAUCAGCAACGCCAACAACAGUUUCAGCAGUCAGAUAUUAAUCAACAGAAUAAUAAUAAUAAUAAUAAUAAUCUCAUAUCAGAUGACAUAACAAAUCCUCAUUCUCUGUACAAUAUUUUGAUGAUCUCUUUAACUCAAUUGAAACCUUACACUGAAUAUACAAUAUGGGCAAGAACUGUUGGUGAAGACGGUGAUACUUCAUUGCCUAAUCAACCAUUUUUAUUUACAACGAAAGAACUUGCUCCAUCUAGUCCUCCAUUAAAUGUUUAUGCACAAGCACUUUCAAAUGCCGCGGUCACUGUUUAUUGGGAUCCACCAAUUGAAUCAAAUGGUCGAAUACGAGCAUAUCGAAUCUAUUACACAAAUAAUCCAACAUUAGAAUUUUCCUAUUGGGAUACAAAUAUAGUAAAUUUACAAGCAUUGAAAUCUCAGACAACUACAUCAGCUGUAACAAACUAUAAAAAGAAUGAAGAACAAACAAAUCUUCCAGGUCACUUAUCGAUUUUAUCACAUUUAACAACAAAUGCUACAUAUUAUAUACGUGUUAGUGCUGUAAAUGGUCAAGGUGAAGGACCUGCAUCAGAUAUAUCUGUUGUUAUUGUGCGACCUGGAGUUCUUUCAAAACCACAGAAUUUCACUGCAACAACACAAUCUCCACAUGAAAUUUUACUUCAUUGGAAACCACCAAAUGAUGUUGAUCCAAACACACGUCCAUUAGAAUAUUAUGAAUUAGAUUAUCAAUCAAUAUUAGAUAUCAAAAAGUCACCUGAUCAUUUAUCAUGGUUCAAUAGACCAAGUAUUAUUAGUGUUGAUAAUAGUAAAACAAUAGAAUCACAACGCAACCAGCAACAACAACAACAAACACCCAGUAUACAUAUACGACCAGAUGUUACAAGUUAUUUAUUGAAUAAUUUAGAACCGGAUACACGUUAUUUAUUUAAUCUAAUUCCUGUCUCUAAAACUGGACAUGGUGUUAAAGCAUCAACAGUUGCACGAACUAAUCAAUUCAUUCCAUCGGCGCCAAAAAAUCUAUCUGUACAAGCUAUAAGUGCCACCCAAUUCCAAGUGAAAUGGAAACGCCCAACAAUCAAUGACCAAUUGUCCGAUACUUUAUCAUCUACUCGUAUUGCUUAUUAUGAUUUAAACUGGCGUCAAACUGAUAGUGAAGGUUCAUGGUCUCGCAAUGAUAUUUCCUCCGAGAAUCAACAGUCUCCAGUAUGGUUUAACCAAUCACUACAAUUGUCAUCAUCAUUAUCGUCACCGUCGUCAUCUAUUAAUCCUGGAACACUUGAAACAAACACAUUUGGUAGUCUACAAAUACCAACUCAUAAUAAAUGGAGUAAUGAUGAGAAUCAUACAAAUUUAACAGAUUCAUGGUAUAUUGCAAAUAUCACUGGUCUACAACCGUCCACGUAUUAUGUAAUACAUUUAAGAGCUGUCUCUCAGUCAGGUACAGGUGAUACAGCUGUUUCUCGACCAGUGAAAACAUGGAAUGAACCCCCAACAGCUCCACAAAAAUUACGCUUAAUCAGUCAAAUAAUUCCACAGUCCAGUGUUAAUUUACCACCACAAAUUCUACUACGUAUUACAUGGGAACCAGUUUGGUAUGAUGGUUAUAAAGUAGGUGAAAUGUCUACAUUGUAUAGAAUCAGAUGGCGUUUAAUUGGUAGUGAGAGGAAUUUCAAAGGAGCAGCACAAUCCCUCGUAAAACGUACAGUACGUUCAGCAGAUAAAUAUCCAAGUGAAUCGACAUUAUAUUGGCCCAUCAUUGAAAAACAACAAAAACACGAGCAAAUCGAUUCACUACAGUACCAACACCAUGGGUAUCAAUUCACAGAAUAUGGUGCUCCUAAUCCAUUUCAAUCAGAAUCACUUAUUCCGACGAAAUUUCUACAUGGUGAAGUGAAUUUAACGGAAACUAGUUGGAAUCCUGCUUCUGAUAUAUUUCUACUUGGUAUGAGUUAUGAAUUUCGUGUAGCUGUAAUCACUACAUUACAAGUUGGUUAUGAAACGAUAGAAACAAUAUCGUUUGAAGGAACAGCACCAACAAAUACACCAACUUCAAUACAAGUCAGUUAUACAUUAGACCAAAUAAUCUUAUCAUGGAAUCCACCUGAUUGGGAUCACCGACAUGGUAUAUUUGAAUCAUAUGAAAUUAAAUGUUAUCGUAAUAAACCAUCUAUGAAUGUCAGUCAUGUUAAUGUCGAUGAAAAAAUGAAUACAUUAUUAAAUGAUCAGUUGAAAUCACAAGAUCAACAUUUCAAUGUGACCUUACUAAAUAGUCGUGUACAAUGGCCAAUUUCAGCACCGAAUGAUUUAUUAAAUAUUAUUCCAUGGCCAAGUGGUCAAAUUCGUUUAAAUUAUCCAAAUGAUUUUAAUUAUAAACAUGGUGAGAUUGAUUCUCGACAAAAUAAUAAUGACAAUACUGUGAGGUAUGGUGGUAGUAAUAAUAAUAAUAUUUAUGCAUGUGUUAUUCGUGCGGUCAAUGUGUACGGAUUUGGGCCGUGGUCAACAGAGAAGAUAAUUUUACCAAAGAAACCAUCUAUCCCUCCUUCACCGAAUAAUAUCCGUGCAAUAUUUCUUAAUCAACAUCAAUUACGUAUUAGUUGGUCAUUACCAUUGAAUCUAUUACAAACAAUUUCAUCUCAUCUUAUUAAAAAAUUAACACAAAAUGAUAUUAAUAAAUUAAUUAUAUCAUCUGGAUAUAAUUAUUUAUAUUUUGCUAUAUAUAUUAGUCCAAUAAUAAAAAUUAAUUGGAAACGUUAUACAACAAAAGGUCCUACAACUGAAUUCAUUCUAAAUGAUUAUGAUGAAAAAACUAAUUAUUUAGUAAGGGUUAGUUCAGUGAGUAUCAAUGAUCAUGAAAGUAAAUGGUCAGAACCAAUUUCAACAGAACGAAUCGAAUCAACCAAUUCUAAUUUGGCAAUUAAAGUUUAUAAUUUAAAAUGUCAUUUAUUUUAUCGAUCCCAAACCGAUUUGUGGCAAUUAAAAGUAAAAUGGGAAGUUCCUAAACAAUUACAAACUGGAUCAUAUUUUGAUCAACUUUCUCACUAUAGGAUUAAUUAUACAAUGAUUAAAUCAAACACGAAACAUACUACUCAUAUCAUACCAAUAAUGAAUCGUGAAUUAUCAUUAAAUAAAUUAGAUUCAUAUAAAAAUAAAUUUUUUUUACAUAAUUGGUUAUAUACAUCAGAACCGGAUUCAAUUUAUGCUAUAUCUAUUCGACCAGUUUUUAAAGGGUACACAUUUCAAACCGAUACGGAUACAUUUAUUAAACGACCGUAUGGUAUUCUAGAAAAUAAUUUAUGUUAUAUACCAAAGAAGAAUAUGUUUCAUAUCCCAGUCCCAGUGAUUAUAUUAAAUCCAUUUAUUGAUAAAACAAAUUAUUUUUUAAUUGGUAUAAAACCUAUCAAAUGGAUUCAAACAUCUUCACCAACAUCCUCAUCAUCAUCAUCCUCUUCCUCCUCAUCAUCAUCAUUAUCACCAUCCUCAUUGAUACGUCAAGAUUUACCAAUGACAUAUGAAUUAAUAGCUUAUAAAUUACCAAUACAUAAUAAUAAUAUACAAACAAUGGAACAAAUAAAAUUAGGACAAUGGAAUUCUAGUGAAUUAUUGUCAUUCAUAAAUCAUUAUUCAAUAAGUGAUACAUCAUUAAUACAAAUUGAAUUAAGUCAAUCAUUAAUUGAUACAUCAUUAAGAUAUGAGAAAAGAUCUAAGAAUAUAUUAAUUGGUAAAGCAUUACCAAUGAAUCAAGAUUAUGCAUUAUGUAUGAAAGUUUGUUUACAACCAAAUAAACACUUCUACUCAUUUAAUAUUAUGGAUAACGGUGUAAAACAUGAACUAGUUUGUUAUGAAUCAAAAUGGAUUCAACCAGUUUCAACAAAUCGUCCAUCUCCAUUAAUUGAUUCCUUGAAUGAUACCAUCAAUUCUCAAUUAAACGAAUACUAUGAUCCGGACCAGUUGUUAUGGUCCAGUAAUUCAUUUGGAGCACAUAGUCUACCACCGUCUGAUGAUGCUACCGCUCAAGGACCUGGUAAAGAAACUGGUCUUGAAUCAUCAAAGAUUCAUGAAAAUGAUGAUCAAUCAAUUCAUGAUAUAAUAAUCAAUAAAAAUCAACACUUAUCAGAAGAUACCACGAGUAAACAAUUUGAGAAUUCAAUGGAAACAUCUUCUAUAGACAAACACCUACUAACAUUAACAUCUAAUCGAACGAAUCAAUCAAAGAUCACUUUAUUAACUGCUAGUAUUACACUAACUAUACUACUUAUAAUACUUGGCUUAAUAUGUUUCUUAUUUAUAUUAUAUAAAAGAAAACGUUUAUCUAAAUUAAAUCAUUACAAAAUAACUAAUACUACUAAUAACACUACUAAAUUAUCAAAUCAUUUACAAUGGACUGAUUGUUCUACUAUAAGUUAUACUAUAUUACGUUGUUUAACAUUAAAUAAACAUAAAACAAAUCAAAAAUUAUUUAAUUCAUUUAAUUUAAAUGAUAUACAUAGUCCACCACCAGGUAGUGGUGGUUCAUUAUCACUUAAUUUACAAUCAAUAUUUACAUCACAUCCAAUUGACUUAGUAACAACAACACCAACAACAGCAACAGCAAUAACAACCAUAGCAACAACAACAUUAUGUGAAUUUACUGGUUAUACAAAUCCUACAAUAAAUAAUAAUACUAUUAAUAAUAAUUUAUUAUAUUCACAAUCUAAUGAUGAAAUAAGAAAUUUCACUAAUAUAGAACAAUAUGGAAGUUUACGUAAUAAUACAAUUCGUAGUGAAAUUAAUCCAAAUUAUUCAUCGGAUUCACCGAAUACAACUUUAUGUAUAAAUGAUAAUUAUAAAGGAUCAAAAUUAAAUCGUGUUGGUUCAAUUUCAUUAGGUUAUCAUCAUUCAUUUCAAUUAAAUUCACCAUCAUCACCAAGUGUAUUAUAUGGAUCAAAUUGUAUGAAAUCUGGUCAAAUCGAUUUAAAUAUUACUAAUACAAAUAAUAGUAAUAUUAAUAAUAAUAAUAAUGGAAUUGGUCCGUUAGGUAGUUUGAAAUCUGUUAGUACAAUGGGAUCGAAAAGUGUACACCCUUUAACUGGAAUAGAUGGUAUGAAUUUAACUGAUGAUAGUUUGUUAUCACCAAAUAGUAAUGCACGUUGUCGGAAUCUGUUGAACUCUAUUCCUAACAGACCACAAAUAUGUGGACCAAUCCAAGUAGCUAAUUUAAUCGAACAUGUACAAAGUUUAAAAGCAGACAAUGGACGUUUAAUGGCAGCUGAAUUUGAGUCAAUUGAUCCAGGUGGUCCAUUCACAUGGGAACAUUCGAAUCGACCAGCGAAUAGAAGUAAAAAUCGAUAUGCCAAUGUUAUAGCUUAUGAUCAUUCACGUGUUAUCCUACAAUUGACUGGAAAUAAUGAUCCUGAUUCUGAUUAUAUCAAUGCAAAUUAUUUGGAUGGUUAUUGUAAACAAAAUGCAUAUAUUGCAACUCAAGGACCAUUACCUCAUACAAUUACUGAUUUUUGGCGUAUGGUAUGGGAACAACAUACCGGUAUGAUUGUAUCAAUGACACGUCUUGAAGAGAAAGCUCGUGUAAAAUGUGAACAAUAUUGGCCGGGCAAUUCUAAUGGUAUCAAUGGUAGUAAUAGCAGUAAUAAUAUGAAAAGUGACAAUAAUUGUGUGAUAACAUCAUGUAAACGAAGUCCUAGUAUUUCAUCACGAAUAAACUCUACCUCGUCUAAUAAAAAGUUGAAUGAUUUCAAAAUGAAAUUGUACGAUAAAUCAAUUCUACCUCCUCCGGUUAAUUUUCGAACGUCUGUGGAUUUGAAAGAAUCAAAUGGGGAACAACAAUUAAAUGAGUUCCAUUGUGACAAUAAUAAUGUGAUCAGUAGUGACUUAAUAUUUACAAAUGGUCUUUCACAUUUAUCACAAAGUACAAUUAAUUUUGGUGAUAUAUCUGUCAGUUUAUUAGAUACAAUGGAAUUGGCUUAUUAUACUGUUCGUUCGUUUGUUUUACAAAAAGUCGGAACAAUAGAAACUAGAGAAGUGCGUCAACUACAGUUUACAGCUUGGCCAGAUCAUGGUGUACCAAAUCAUCCUGCACCAUUAUUAAUGUUUUUAAGACGUGUUCGAGCUGAAUGUCCAGCAGAUUCUGGUCCAAUUAUUGUACAUUGUUCUGCAGGUGUUGGAAGAACAGGUGCUUUCAUACUACUUGAUAUUUUACUGGAACAAAUGCGUCAUGAAAAAGCUGUGGAUGUUUUCAAUACUGUGAGUCGUCUACGUGCACAACGUAACUUUAUGGUACAAACAGAAGAUCAAUAUGCAUUUAUUUAUGAAGCCUUAGUUGAAGCAGCAUCAAGUGGAAAUACUGAAAUUCCAGUGCAUCAACUGACCACACAUUGGUUUCGUUUAACUGAAUUGAAUCGAUUAAAAUGUCAAGAUUUGGUGAAUUCUGAUCAAUUGGGCAUGGGAUUAAUGAAAACUUCAAUGAAUUAUACAAAUAAUUCUAGUAUAUCUACAGGUUUAGAGCUAGAAUUCUAUCAGCUAUUAAUUCAAUCAAAUUUAACCAAAUUAAUUUCUUCUAUUCCAUCAUCUAUUGGACUAUUAUCACCAAUUGAUCCAUUCUCUUUAAAAACUGAUGAAAAAAUCUAUGGAAAUAUAAAUUUUAAUAGUAGUAGUACAAGUACUAUUGGGUUACCCAGAUCAAUUACUGGAAUGUCUACAAAUAAAUCGAUUGCAGCAAUGUUACCGGUUAAUUUACCAAAAAAUCGUAGUCUCAGUAUUAUACCACAUGAUGCAAAUCGUGUUGCACUUCGUGCUGUUCGUGGUGUCGAAGGUUCUGAUUAUAUCAAUGCUAGUUAUAUUGAUGGGUAUAGAUCACGUGCUGCGUAUAUAGCAACACAAACACCAAUGAUGAAUACAUUAGAAGAUUUUUGGCGUAUGAUAUGGGAAUCUGGAUCAUGUCUCAUUGUUAAAUUAGAUGGUACAAUAACAUUGAAUGAUUUGAAAUUCAUGGACUCUCCAACAUAUUGGCCAAAUUUACAAUCAGCACGUCAUGGUUUCCUAGUAGUUGAUCCAAUUGCUAUUUAUACAAUGCCAGCUUAUAUUAUGCGUGAAUUACGUUUAACUGAUACUCGUGAUGGUUCCACACGAACUGUACGUCAAUUUGAUGCAAGUUCAACAGCCGAUGCAUUAAUUCAUUUAGAAAGACAAAUUUAUUAUUCUAUAUCUAAUAAAUUAGAUUUUAAUGAAUUAAUUGAAUCAUCUAGACCGAUAGCAGGAUCGACAAUAACAACAGCAUCAUCAACAAUGACAUCAUUUCCACCUAAUCCUUCAUCAAUGUUAGAAACGUCAUUUACUGAAGAUGAUUUUCUUAGAUUUAAUCAAAUACCAACUCAUGUGAUCUCAACGUUUAGACAAUGUUAUCAACCAAUAUGUGAAUCGAUGCUUGAGUUAAUUAGUCAAGUACAUAAAACCAAAGAACAUUUUGGUAUAGAUGGACCAAUCACUGUACAUUGCAAUUUGGGUUCUGGAAUAACCGGUGUCUUCUUAGCCAGUUCUUUAGUACUUGAACGAAUGCGUUAUGAAGGUGUAAUUGAUAUGUUUCAAACUGUUAAAUUAUUAAGAUGGCAACGACCAGGUUUAGUACAAACCGUUAGUGAAUAUGCAUUCUGUUAUGCUACAGCAUUAGAAUAUCUUGAGUCUUUCGAACGAUAUACAACAUAA